CUGCCGGCAGGCCCGCCGCCGCUUCUCCUCCUUCCCCUUCCCAUUCACGGCGUCGCCACCGACCGCCCCAAUCCCCCGUCCCCAGGAGGCCACCAGAAUCCCCUUCCCCCCGCCCGUCCUCCACGCGGACGCGCCACCACACCGUCGCCUCGCACGGACUCCUCUCCUCCUCUUCGUCUCCACUGUUCCCGGCCAUUACUUAACGCGGAGGGAUUGGGAAGCGCCCGCCCCCCAGCCCAGCCAGUGGUUGCCUCUCCUCCAGUCGUGCGGCCUCUGAGCUCCGAACCGAGCAGAGCCGCCCACGAGUCCCCCGCCCCCGCGCAUCUCGUCACGAGCCCCACGACCGCCUCCGCCCCCGCACCGGACCGAGAUCCCCAGCCGCCGCGCGCGGGCGCGCGCCCUGCAAGGCAUGCCGGCCGAGCCCCGCUCCGGUUAAACCCCCCGCAAAGCUCCCCAUUUUAUGGCGCUCUCCCACGGGCGCGCGCGCACUGCCCCCGCCGCCGUCCCCAGCGCCUGCUUCCUCCUGCUCCUCGUGCUCCUCCUCACCUCCUCCUCCCUUCCCGCUGCUCCCGGCCGCGACGGCGACUCCUUCACCUCCACCUCCACCGCCCCGGCCAGCGGCGCGGUUCUCGGUGUUACCCCGUCGUCGUCCUCCGGGAAGGGGCAGGGGGACGACUGCGCGGAGCUGCAGUCCAUCGACGGCGGGGCGGCCCGGUGCGCGUACCUCCGCGCGCACUCCCCCUGCUCCCCGGCGGGGUACGUGGACUACCUCCGCCUCUUCUACUGCGGCUUCGCCGGCGCGCCGGCUACGGCGUGCGCCGCGCUCGCGCUGUGGCUGGCGGUGCUCUUCUACCUGCUGGGCGACACCGCGUCCGAGUACUUCUGCGCGUCGCUCGAGGGCCUCUCCGCGGCGCUGCGCCUGCCCCCCGCCGUCGCGGGCGUCACGCUGCUCUCGCUCGGCAACGGCGCGCCCGACCUGUUCGCCAGCGUCGUCUCGUUCGCCGAGGGCGACGGCGGAGGGGUCGGGCUCAGCAGCGCGCUCGGCGGGGCGCUGUUCGUGUCCACCGUCGUCGCGGGCGCCGUCGGGCUCGCCGUGGGCGCGCGCGGCGGGGUCGUCGUUGAGUGGCGCGGGUUCGUGCGCGACCUCUGCUUCCUCCUCCUCGCGCUCUGCUACCUGCUCGCCGUGCUGGUGAACGGCGCGGUCACCGUCUGGGUCGCCGUGUCGUUCGUCUCGCUCUACGUCGGCUACGUCAUCAUCGUCUGGACCUCGCACUGCUGCGCCGAGCAGGGCAAGCCGCCGGCCGCCGGGCUCGCCGCGCCGCUCCUCCUCGAUGAGGACUACGGCGACGACGUCCCGUCCCUGCCGUCCUACUCCAAGACAGAGUCGGGGGCAUCUGGUGCCGCAUCAAGGGGAACAGCCUGGCUGCAUUGCAUCGCGCGCGCGCUCUGCAUGCCGCUGUACCUCCCGCGCCGCCUCACCAUCCCGGACAUCGCUGCGCACCGCUGGUCCCGCCCCUACGCCGUCGCCUCCGCCGCGCUGGCGCCGGUCCUCCUCGCCUUCACCUGGACCUCGCAGCGCCACCACCUGGUGUCCUCCUCCCACCGGCACAGCCUCGCGGAGCUCCUUGGCGGCGCCAUCCUCGGCCUCCUGCUCGCGGCGCUCGCCGCGGCCACCACGGACGCCAACUCCCCUCCCCGCGGCCGUAAACACCGAGUGCCGUGGCUCGCCGCGGGGUUCCUGAUGAGCGUGCUGUGGGCCUACACCCUGGCCCGCGAGCUCGUGGCGCUCCUGGUGGCCAUGGGGUACGUGGCCGGGAUCAAGCCGAGCGUCCUGGGCGUGACGGUGCUGGCGUGGGGCGACUCCCUGGGCGACCUGGUGUCGAACGUGGCGAUGGCGGUGCACGGCGGCCCCGGCGGCGCGCAGACGGCGGUGUCCGGGUGCUACGCGGGCCCGCUGUUCAACACGGUGGUGGGGCUGGGCCUGUCGCUGGCGCUGGCGGCGGGCGCGCAGCACCCGGCGCCGUUCGUGGUGCCCGCGGACGCGGCGGCGUACGAGGCGGUGGGGUUCCUGGGCGCGGCGCUGGCGUGGGCGCUGUUCGUGGUGCCCGUCCGCGGGAUGCGCAUCGACCGCGUCUACGGCGUCGGGCUCGUCGCCAUCUACCUCUGCUUCUUCGCCGUGCGCGUCUUCGAGACGCUGGGGCUCUGGACCUAGAGGCGAGCCGAGCUGCCGAGGGCACCUCGCUUGCGCUCCCAGUGACUGACACCCCUCACCCUGCCCGCGUUCGUUUGUUUCUUGCUGCUGAUCGUCGUUGUAAAGAAGCAUCAGACUGGGUAAUGGUAGUUCUAGAUUGGUAGUAAAUUAUAGUAAAAAAAGGGUGAAAGAUAGGUAAUCUUGUAUAUUACUGUAGCAGAAAGGUGCUAGCACUACUCCACACGUAGGUGUUGAUUAGUGUUGUGUCCGAGAAUUUGUUUCUUUUCCCCUCUCCUUCCGUCUUGGUAGGGGUUCUGACUGAAGGAUGGCAGACAAUUGUCUGCUACUGUUCAAAAUCCCUGGUAAAUAACAGGGUUAGUUGAAAAACACAGGGGGUCAAAAUUCAAUCGAAGCCGUGGUUGGUUCGCUCA